UUGGUGGCGCCACAGAGUUUGAUGUGCAAGAUGGCGUCGUACACAAUCGGGCCCGAAGAUGUAUGCUUGUGGUACUCAGACACUCACCUUCGGCUGCCGGAGUUCCGUAAAACGUUGCAAAGGCAGGAUUUCCCGAGAGCAACCCGCACCCUACUGGAAUGGCUGCAUCGGUACUUUGUGCAGUGUGAGAACUUCCCACCGGGGAAGUUCCCUAACCAAGACUGUGUUCAUCAACUCAUUGAGGAGUUUGUCUUUUAUCGAAAUUCGGGUACCAGCAGGGUGCAGCAAAAACUGACAGCUAUUCAAGAACUGAGACUUCUGGAGGAGCUGUGCAACCAUUUCCAGCUCAACCAAGAUCUGAUCACCAGACAUAAUGUCUUUGAUGCCUUCUUUGGUUGCAAGCCGGGACCGAUAGCGACAGUGGAUGAACACCGAACAGGGGCACUGAGUAAACUGGUCUCCAUGGCCAUCGCCGUGAACUGUAUCCCUGUGCUUGACUGUGCAGCUGUCUUGCUACACAACCAGGGCGCGUCUGAGGCCACCCUGGCCCUCACCAGUAGUCUGGUGGAGGAUUACUGCAUCUUGAUCCCCACAGCAUGCGAGCUGCUCAGGGACUUGGUGGACUCCUCACCGCAAUUUGUGUGCCAGCUUAUGUCCUCCAUAUCAGCCCUGUAUGACAUUGACAGAGAUCCAAAGAAGAAGAAUCUUCCCCAUUCAGCCUUGCUGGAGGUGCUCACUAGCUGGACCAGCAAACACCCUCUCAUCUUCAUUGAACAUUUCCUGAAUCCACCCCCAAAUAUCCCAUCAUUCCAUGGUACUACUGACCCGCCCCCGGGCUCCUUGCCCUCACUGCCGGGCCCCUUCCCUGGACUGAUCAAGGCCUGUGUUCUCUCUCCGCUGGUUUCCCUGCGGUGGAAGCCCCCGUCGCAGGCGGACAUUGCACACGCCAGCCUCAAAGAGGAUUCAACAUUGCAUCUCCUGUAUUCCAGAUUACAUCUAGGUGUUCUCCAAGCCCUCCUCUCAACCCAGCAGAAACUCAAGUACAGGGCUGCCAAGUCCAAACACGAGGAACCGCUGUCGGAGAGAGAUGUCGAGGGCAUCGUUGCCAGCCUGAAAAGGCUGCUGGGUGGAAUUGAUGAUGAAGAGGAGGCAAGGGAGGUUGUUGAUGUCUCCUUGGACCGGUUGGCCCAAGUGGUUCAAGUAUCCCUGUACACAGGGGCUCUGCAUUGUUGCAGGAGUACCCUAACAGCAGCUCUUGAUGGUCUACCUGACAAUCAGCUACUCUCCCUGGUUUUACAGCAUGAGGGCGCUAUGCAGAGUUAACUGAAAAAGAGCUUGUGAGACCAGACUGCCACUCUUCCUGUCAGUGUGUCCACUUAGAUGGAGAAAAGUCCACCUGUUCUUGCUUCUCUUAUAUUUUACAUGUUUAUAAAUGUUCUAAAUUUGAAGAAAUUGUACUUGUGGACAUUUGUGUGUUUUUUUGCAUUUUAAGAAUCAAGUUAUUUUUCAACAGGAUGCAGCAUAUAGAAAUAAGGUUUCUCUUUUAACACUGAAAUUCAGGCACACAUAGAAAACAAAGUAAAGUUGUUUCACAAAAGCCAUCUUACAAUUUAUAAGGGUUCCCAAAAAUUUCAUUUAGGGCUGUCCACUGAAAUCCUCCAGAAGUGUAUAUAUGUAUGUGUAGCAAUAAAGAAUAUGUAAUUAUGAUACAGUG